GGAACACACAGUGUGUUUCCCUGCAGGUGCUGAUGAACUCAGGAUUGGAUGCAGCUGUGCAGCUCUCAGCCUGGAUCCAGGUCCUGGAAAGUCCUGAAUCAGGUCUCAUGGUUCUUCACUCAUGGAUGAGUCGGCGUUGGAGCGUUACUUUGAUGACUCCAUUGCAAAUGACUCCGGCUUCAUUUUGGGGGAGGAGCUGCCCCUCCAGAGCCAUGCCUCUUCCCCAUUGGUGAAGGCAGGGCCAAGCGGGGAGCUGGGGGAGGAGCUCGACCUCAGCUUCCUACCUGAUGACCUCAGCACGCAGGAUGAGCCGAGUCGUCAUGACGACACAGCUGGCAGUCAGUCUGCAGCUCUGGACCUGUCUCAGGACAGCGCCGUCGGUCUGGACUACAAUCCCAAGGUUGCCACAGCAGCAGCAGCAGCUGGCCCCCAACAGGGGACGUCCAUGUCCGGGCUGGUUGCCUCCCCCUUCUGUCCCAUGACGCCUAUGACCCCCAUGACCCCCGUGACCCCUGUGACUGAGAGGUCAGGAAUCAUCCCACAGUUACAGAACAUCGUCUCCACAGUGAACCUGGGUUGUCCUCUGGACCUGAAGUUUAUCGCUCUACAAGCCAGAAAUGCAGAGUACAACCCAAAGCGAUUUGCAGCGGUCAUCAUGAGGAUCAGAGAACCUCGAACCACUGCGCUGAUCUUCAGCUCCGGGAAGAUGGUCUGCACAGGAGCCAAAAGUGAGGAGCAGUCACGUCUGGCAGCCAGGAAGUACGCUCGGGUGGUGCAGAAACUCGGUUUCUCUGCCCGCUUCUUGGACUUUAAGAUCCAGAACAUGGUGGCCAGCUGCGAUGUCUGCUUCCCCAUCAGACUGGAGGGACUGGUCUUGACACACCAACAGUUCAGCAGUUAUGAACCAGAGCUGUUUCCAGGCCUCAUCUACCGAAUGGUGAAGCCUCGCAUCGUACUGCUAAUCUUUGUGUCGGGGAAAGUGGUUCUGACUGUCAUGUGUUAAAUUCCAGGAGCUAAAGAACGGGCUGAGAUCUACGAAGCGUUUGAGAACAUUUAUCCAAUCCUGAGAGGCUUCAGGAAACAGUGAGGCCGACCUCUGAUGUCACUUCCUGUUUAUGUGUAAAUAGAUGAUAUAAAUAUUUACUGUAAAUCAGUUUUAUUUUGUGUUGUGGAUGGAAAAUGAAUCCGCUGUUUUAGUGUCUCUGUUGACUGUGUCGCCAUCCUGAAAGAAAAUAAACGAUCAUUUGUCAGAUCUUUGCACAGAAAACUUAUUUAAAACAAAGGCUGUGAUUUUGUUUUUAAAUAAAAUGUUUAAUUGUC